CGUAUCCGAUUUGUUAUUGACAAUCUGAACGACACAGAUCCGAUUUUUUUCACAUGGACCCAGGCCGCUUGGAUAUGUGGUCCUAAUUCCGAUGCAUAUCCGUUAUUUUCACAUGCGACUGCAGUCUGACCGGACAGUAAACCCCACGGAUCAGUUCUGCGCUGUAUGCGAAAGCAUAGUCGAAAUCGUUUGAGUCGGAUUGAGACGCACCCACGGGCACGCGAGCCAGUGGGCAGUAGGGGUGUUGUCCAUGUUCGCGCGAGUCUAUUGGCCCAGACUCUUCCUUAAAUAUGGACUCGGUUCGGGACUCUGUGAGCUCCAUUCAGAAAGUGCCGGAAUAGACCUCAGACUGUUACUUGAGACGGGCAUGAAACGCAGCUUCGAGCACCUUUGGGUUGUGCAGUGAACGCUGAGUAUAAACUACAACUCGUAAACAGACACUUUACGCAAGUUUACAGAAAGUUUAGAGAGAGGACGCGGGCUGAUUGGCCACGCCGCCUGAUACAUCUUCACCCAGCUCCGGGUUCCAGUCACAGCCUCAGGGCGGCUCACUGCCGGCUUUCGGAGCCCCUAACCAAGAUUUAGGCAUAAAAAUCGUCAUUUUUCAGUCACUUAGAGGUGAUAUUAAGGAAUGGCUUUGGACUUUGCAGCAGGAUGUAUUGGAGGGCUGUUCUUACUGAUGGAAGUUAUUCUUCAACUACAAAGCUGAAAUGUGGAUUUGUACUGUACAUCUAAAACUACCAAAGUGAAUCACUGAAGUCAAGUCUGUUUCUUUAUUUUCAUGUAAAACAUCCAAGUUUGCCACAACCCUGAAUUUCUCCCUCAGGUGCUGCUGGUGUGUUGGUUGGACAUCCUUUUGAUACUGUUAAGAUGAGGGUGAGGGAUUUACAACCCCUGCACGGAUGGGUAACCUAGUAAGUACAGUCAAGGUGAGACUUCAGGUGCAAAGCGUGGACAAGCCCCUGUAUCGCGGAACGUACCAUUGCUUCCAGUCUAUAGUUCAUCAAGAAUCUAUACUUGGGCUCUACAAGGGUAUUGGGUCCCCAAUGAUGGGCCUAACUUUCAUCAAUGCCAUUGUAUUUGGUGUGCAGGGCAACGCAAUGCGCAUGCUGGGUAAAGAUACCCCUCUUAACCAGUUUCUGGCAGGUGCUGCAGCUGGGGCUAUCCAGAGCAUCAUCUGUUGCCCAGUGGAGCUGGCCAAGACUCGCAUGCAGAUGCAGGGCACAGGAGAGAAGAAGUCUUCCAGGAAGAUGUACAAGAACUCACUGGACUGCUUAGUUCGCAUCCACAAGAAAGAAGGCAUUAGGGGCAUCAACCGUGGCAUGCUGACCACCAUUAUCCGUGAGACACCAGGAUUCGGAGUGUAUUUCCUGUCUUAUGAUAUCCUGACGCGCUCACUGGGAUGUGAAGCUGAUGACCUCUACAUCAUUCCCAAGCUGCUCUUCGCAGGGGGCAUGUCUGGGAUAGCUUCCUGGUUAUCAACCUAUCCGGUGGACGUUAUAAAGUCCCGCCUCCAGGCAGAUGGUGUAGGUGGCGUUAAUAAAUACAAUGGAAUUAUGGACUGUGUCCAUCAGAGCUGGCAGAGGGAAGGCUGGAGGGUUUUUACUCGAGGUCUAACCUCUACUCUUCUCAGGGCUUUCCCUGUCAAUGCCACCACGUUUGCCACAGUGACGCUGUUCCUCAUGUACAUGCGAAACGAUGGCAAUGUGACAGACUGUGAGCCUGAGCAUCAACCUAUGCAGCAAACACAGCUCCAAACAACAAGCCUGUGACUGGAUUCUCCGGUCUCCGAUUUGAGCUCUCCACCCAGAGCCAUUAUUAUACAGAGUCCUGUUUAAUAACCUCGAAGAUUUUUCCCUCUGUAUAUAUAUCCUGUCAGGAAGUCUAGUUCCCUUAUUAGCAGUUAUAAUAGAAACAGCAUCAGCAAAAUUGCACCAGCUUUCAAAGUUUCAUGUACAAGAAGUACUGUAACACUGUGUGUGGGAAAUUUUUAAAUAAGUUGACCCAUGGUUCUGAAAGAAAGUCAAAGCAUGUUUUAUUAAGUUUUUCUCGACAGUGAGGUAGGGUUAAUGCUGCUACAGGGGCUUUUAUUUUUACUAAAUGUCCUUAGAAUGCAUUUUAUAAUCCAGGGAUUUGGAUUGAGUCAGGAUGGUAUGGUGAAAUUUGUGAACAAGCAAACUGGUUAAUGCUGGUUAACCUGAAUUCAAUUGAUUGAAAAGGGGGGGGGGGUGUUCCAUUUCAUAGAAAGACAGAAGGAUAUGGGUCCAAAAUUUUUUUUACUCUGUCAUCAACAAAUCCUUCAGCAGAAAUGGAAAAAAAAAAAUUUUCAGCAGCUUUUUUAUAAUUUGCUGAAGAAGUGUUUAUUCAUACACGAUAUGGCCAAAAGUAUGUGGACACCUCACCAUCGUACCUACAUGUGCUUGUUGAACAUCUCAUUGUAAAACCAUUGGCAUUAAUAUGAAGUUGGUUCCUCCUUUGCUUCUGUAACAAACUCCACUCUUCUCUUCUCUCCUCUUCUCUUCUUUCCUGGGAAGGCUUUCCACUAGAUUUUGGGGUGUGACUGUGGGGAUUUGUGUUCAUUCAGUUCAACUACAAGAGCAUUAGUGAGAUCAGGGACUGAUGUUGUGUGAGGAGGCCUUGGGUGCAGUCAGUGUUCCAGGAUAGUCAAGUUCUUCCACACCAACCGCAGCAAACUGUGGCAUUAAAAUGAGUCCUGGGUGAUCAGAUCACAAGUGGACAGCCGAGACACACAGCUGUUCACGCCCACCUGGCAUCUCCAGCAGCCGAUCGGAUUUCAUAGAUUUCUGCCGGAGAAAGGCCAUCACGCACAUUUAUUACCUCAAUCUUCCACUGCAUUUAUUUUCAGCCAGAAACGUCCCACGCAACUUUUCGUGUACCUUUUACAUGCUGUUUCAAACAUUUGAAUCGCAUUUUAAUUCGUCUUUGCGGUUAUACUGUCGCCUUUAUCCAUUAGCCUGGCAGUGGAGAGCUGUACCGUUCUGCACCGUUUCCAAACCAUCUCACAAUGAUUACUGGGCCUGUAACGAUUCACCCAAUUCACAAUGCGAUUAGAUUCACGUUGUUAAAUUAAGAACAUUUUAUUUAAAAAAAAAUGCAAUAUUUAUUUUCCUGUGUAUGAUCAACUUAAAUAUUCCUUUUGUUAAAUGAAAGCUUUUUUUUUUCAUUUUCUUAAUAACCAACAAUAAUUAU